AUUUAUUUGACCAUCUGUUUUGCCCUUCUUCAGCAAGCCUAUUAAAAAAUGGAGAAUGAAAACCCCAUAAAGACACCUGUCGAGGAGACAGAAGGAGGAUGGUUGCAUCAGUUGGUUGUAUACGCUGCCAGGAACCCAUGGGAGUUUUGUUGGUACCUCCUACUUGCUCUUUCUCCACUUUUCUGUAUCUCAGCUGUCCUCUCAUGGAAACUGGCAAAGGCACUGGAAGCACAGGAGAAGGAAAAGAACCGAAAGGACAAGAAAAAAGCUAACUUGAUGAAAGUUAAACGAGGGAAAGCUAACUGAUGUUUAGCCAGUCAGUGGAUCUGCCAUUGUAUUGCCCAUUGGCACUCACAAAGCUCCUUCCAGCUGUGAUCUGUCGGCCAAGUAUUUUGUGGCUUAUGUAGAAUAUUGUGGUACCCCUUGAGAGUGCCCUUCAGAGCUGUAUCUGAUAUCUCACGCUUGGGAAAAUUGGUAGAAGUCACACACGUUAGCCUUUCAUUCAUCAUAUCCCCCCCUCUCCUCCUCCUCCCCUUUUACAUUUCUAAACCCAAGCCUUCCCUCUACUGUUAUGCUGCAAAUCCCGACCAACACGUUUUAUAUCUUGGGCUUUUGACACAUGCAUCUGCCACAAAAAAACAAAAACAAGAAACAAAAAAACAAAAAAAAAAAUGGCCUCAUAUUGUGUCACAUUUAGAUUUCUGGAAGUGUCUCCUUUUUAUAAAUAACUUUGUAGUGUUUCUGAGGGUGAUGAGUUUUGAUUAAGACUCUGUGGGACUUGAUUAAAAAAAAAAAAAAAGUAAUUAAAAGUAAGUAGAUAAACAAUAAUAAUAACAACAACAAAAAAAACAUCGUCAUUUCAAGUUGAAGAUGAACUGUGCCGAUCAGUACCUAUUGGUAAAUUCCAUGUAGCUUGUCCUUUAAUAAAUUGCCAACUGUAAAUUGAUAUUUCCUAAAGUUAUAUCUUAAUGAGAAUGACUGUCAAAUGGUUAGUUUUAAGUCAAGUAUGUUGUUAUGUUGGAAUUAAUGUGGAUGUUGUGAAAGACAAUGUGCUGCUUUUCUUGGUAUGAUGUAUAUUAAUUAUUUGAUUUAUCCUAUUUUAUGAUGUGCGUUACUGUAGGUUAGAAGCAGUGGUUUGGUAAAAUUGUGUUAUUAUAUACAGAUAUGAUCAGUUGAGUUUGAUGUGGUACAAGUAUUAGUAAUUGUAAUGCAGAUAUUCCUUUGUUAUGUGUGCUUUUAGAAUAUAAAGAAAGUUGAUUGUUAUUUGUCUAUGCUUCUCUUAUUUCAUCUGCAUUUUGUAUACCAUUAUUUUAUUAUAUAAUUAUGUUACUUUCAAAAGAUUUCAUAUUUUUAUCACAAUGAGAGCACAAAAAGGUUUUAAGCAUUAAUGUAAGUUAUUUUUAUGAACUCUCACUAUAGUUUGUGUUUAAUGUCAUUGUAGCUGUACUGUUAUAAUAGUCUUUAUAAGAAUGUGAAAAUUUAAAAUUAAGUGUCUUUUAUCUAUUUUUCACAGUUAAUCAUUUAAUAUUUUUUUGCAUUUAAACUUUUGAAAAUACAGAAUGUGAUGUGUUUAAUUUGGCCUCUUUGGUAGGCUUGUGCUGUUUGCCUGUUUUCCAAACAGCACUUACACUUUGUGUUAUUUUAUUUCAGGCAAACAAUAUUUCAAUGGAUGCAUUUAUAUUAUUGAGAUGUGCAAUUUCUUGAAGAUUUUUUCUUGGUAGAUUCCUGUCAUUGUUACAGAAAGAAAUACAAGUGAUGAUUGGUGCCAGUCACAGCUAAAAAUUUGGUUCUUGCUUCAUAAAAACCUCAAUGCUAUAUGUCUGAUUUGUGCUGCACUGUCAUUUUGUACCUGUUCUACUUUACUGUACACAGGCUACUCAGUGGACAUCCAUUCUGUUCAGGUGUUUUUGAGCAAUUUAUAGUUGGUGAUUAUGUAAGUAGGAUGUAUGCUUAAACCUAUGGUGGACCUUAUGUCCUUCAGUUCUAUGGAUCUUCUGAAGUUUUUACAAUACUUUACUAUAGUGCUAUAUGGCCUUUAAUAUCUAGCACAGUUAUUUGUUUAAACCAUUAACCACUGAAGUGUUUUAAAUUGUUGUAAUGGAUAAAUUCUUUUGGAAGUAGAAAAAUCCCAAAAUAGAGGAUUAGAUACCAUAAUUUAAAGUUAGAUGUUGAUAAUGAUAAUGGUGCACUAUAGAGUUAAAGCUUUCUCUUUAAUGCAUUUGCUUGAGCUUAUGUUAUUUACCUUUCUUUAUGUCAUUCCAGUGCCCACAAGUAUUCACUCUCUGCUGUGAAACUUUUUUUUUUUUGCUGAAGUAACAGUCAUAAGCAUAUAUGUGAGGGUCCUUCUCAUCAUGUCAAACAGUGUGGAAAGUUGCUUGGUAUAAGCUUUUGACAUGGUAUUGUCAGCAGCUGUACUUGGUUGUUUUGAUGUAUCUGUACAUUAAAUGGAAAGCCUGUAUUGAUGUUGGUCUGCAACUUCUUGCCAUUUCAUACUCUUGUAUUCCAUUCCACCUAUAAGAUGUUCCAAGAAUAUCUUCUGUGGUCAGCAGUAGCUUCCUUUCCUAGCCUAUCAAUGAAGGGAAAGUCUCGUCGAAUUUGUCAUUCCCUUUUGUGAUUUGAGUGUGAGAGGUGGAAAGAGUGAGCAAGAAUGAGACUGUAGUGAAAUUGAGCAUAUAAUUAACUGGCAGAGAAAGAGGGAAUAACUGAUUGAGCAGUAGAGCAGGAGGCUGGCAAGAUAAGCAAAUGGUUAGGAGUAUGAGAGUGAGACAAGUGGAGGUAGGGAGUGAAUGAGAAAGAGUGAUUGUAUGUGAAAGCAUGAGUUUGUAAAAGUGCAAGGAAUACUGACUGAGAUUGUGGUCAAUUAAAUUUUUGAUAGAGGCUAAGGAUAUAUAGAUAUAUAUAUAUAUAUAUAUAAAAGCCAUACAGGUUUGAUAGAGAUACUGGAUAAUAUAGUUGUUAAACUUGUCAUUCCAAAAUACUGUUUGCUUUUUUUUCACAUAUUUUUAAACCUCUCUGCUGAUUUGAAUAUACUGCAGAGAUAAAGACUUCAGUGAACAGUACAAUGAUUAUGCAAUAAAAGAUGAGAAAA